AUGUCUUCCAAUGAUGAGGAGAUUGAGUUCAACUCGCACAAAUGGGUAUGGAUCCCUGACAAAUCCAAAACGUUUGUCAAAGGGUUUGUACUAGAAGAUAAUCUUGAUAGCGGGACGAAAAUGAAAAUUAGAACGGAAGAUGAUAAGGAUAUUAUUGUGAUGAAAGAUGAAGUGGAACCGGUAAACCCUCCUAGGUUCAACAGUGCUGAUGAUAUGGCGGAAUUGACCCAUUUGAACGAACCAUCGGUGCUCUACAAUUUGCAACAAAGAUACAUGAAUGACUUGAUCUAUACUUACUCCGGGCUAUUCUUGGUCGCGGUGAACCCGUAUGCCAAUGUCCCAUUGUACGGGCCAGAUUAUGUGGAUAUGUAUAAUGGAUCGAAUAAAAACGAUAGCAAACCCCACAUUUUCGCCAUCACUGAGCUAACGUACCGGUACAUGUUGGAAAAACAACAGCAUCAGAGUAUUUUGGUAACUGGGGAAUCUGGGGCUGGGAAAACUGAGAAUACCAAGAAGAUUAUCCAGUACCUUGCAGCAAUCACCUCGUCAAUGAAAACUAAUGUGAACAGUUCUGGAGGAGACACCGUCGUGGUGGAAAAUUUCGAAGAUCAGAUCAUCCAGGCUAAUCCGAUUUUGGAAAGUUUUGGGAACGCCCAAACUGUCCGCAAUAACAACUCAUCUCGGUUCGGUAAGUUUAUCAGGAUCGAAUUUUCUGGGAAGGGAAAAAUCUCCGGGGCCAAUAUUGAUUGGUACUUGUUGGAAAAAUCUAGAGUCAUUCAUCAAGCGUCAAAUGAAAGAAAUUACCAUAUUUUCUAUCAAUUGCUUUUAGGGUUGACAAAAUCGGAAAAGGAAAACUUGUACAUUAAUGAGCAUGCCAAUUUCUUCAAUUAUUUGAAAAACGGGAACAUCACCAUUCCUAACGUUGACGAUAAAAAAGAAUUUAGAGACUUGAUCCAUGCUUUCGAAGUGAUGAAUUUUUCUAAAGAAGAAUAUUGGGAGAUUUUCAAAACCGCAGCGAUUAUUUUGUUGAUUGGUAACAUCAACUUCAUCAGCCGAUCCACCGAUAAAGCGAGAUUUUCCGAUGAUUCACCAUUGACUCAACUUUGUGAUUUAUUGGGAAUCGAUUUGGCAGCAUUUAAACAAGCGAUUUUGACCCCAAAAGUUAAAGCCGGUAAAGAAUUUGUCACCCAAAAUAAAACCGCUAGCCAGGCUAAGUUUUCUCUUGAUUCGAUUUCCAAAUCGUUAUAUGAAAGAACUUUCAAGUACAUCGUUGACAAGAUCAACGAUAAAUUGGACCAUUCUUUGAGCACCUCUCACUUCAUUGGGGUGUUAGAUAUUGCCGGGUUUGAAAUCUUCAAACAGAAUUCGUUUGAACAGUUAUGUAUCAAUUACACCAACGAAAAAUUGCAGCAGUUCUUCAACCAUCACAUGUUUGUCCUCGAACAAAAUGAAUAUAUCAAAGAAAAUAUCAAUUGGGAAUUCAUUGAUUUUGGCCAAGAUUUACAAGAUACCAUCGAUUUAAUUGAAUCGAACCAGAAUCCUAUUGGGAUUUUAUCGGUUUUGAACGAAGAGUGUAUUGUUCCAAAAUCAUCAGAUAAAUCAUUUAUCAACAAAUUGAAUACUAUUUGGGCCAGCAGUAUCAGUAGUCGACAUGGUUCGUCGUCAUCAAAGUUCAAAAAAUCACGGUACGAUAACGGGUUCACCGUUAAACAUUAUGCCGGGGAAGUUGACUAUACCACUGAUGGUUGGCUAGAUAAGAAUAGAGAUCCGUUGAACCAAAACGCUGUUGAUUUAUUGAUCAAAGCAUCCAACAAGCACAUUGCGCUUUUGUUUGCUGAUGAGGAAGGAUUAGAUGCAUCAGGGACCACCAACGCCAAAAAGCAAGGUGCUGGUAAAGGAGGGAUGUUCAGAACCGUGGCGCAGCGUCAUAAAGAACAAUUAUCUGACUUGAUGACCCAGUUAUCUAACACCUAUCCGCAUUUCGUGAGAUGUAUUCUUCCAAAUAACAAAAAGAAGCCCCAUGAUCUCGAUAAAAAACUUGUGCUCGAUCAAUUACGGUGUAAUGGGGUGUUGGAAGGGAUCAGAAUCGCCAGAGCUGGGUACCCGAAUCGUAUUUUCUUCAAAGAGUUCUACCAACGUUACAAGUUUCUUGCCAAACAACUCCAAGCAUUUGGCUCAUCUAAUGAUUUCAAGAAGAAUUGUGAAAUCAUUUUGAACGCCAUAGAUUUGGAAGAAUCAGUGUAUAAAGUGGGGUUGACUAAGAUUUUCUUCAAGAAUGGGAUCUUGGCACAAUUGGAAAUCAAGAGGGAGGAAAUCAUCAAGGAUAUAUUUGUGGGGUUCCAAAGUUUAAUUCGUGGGAAAUUGAUCAGAGGAAGAAUCCAAAAAGAAUUGCAAAAAGUCCAGGCGGCCCAGGUGAUUAUGAAGAAUUUCAUGAUCUUCAACGAGUUGAAGAAUAACGAAUGGUAUAAUUUGAUGAUCAAGAUCAAACCGUUAUUGGACUCUUCGAAACAACAAAAGCAAAAGCAAUUGGCAAUGGACCAAGUCAAUAAGUAUAAGGAUCAAAUAGUGGUGCUUGAAGAACAAAAUAAAGCCACUAUCUCAGAAAAGGAGGAAUUAAGCCACGAAUUGAAGAAAUUGAAUGAAGUUUUGAUGACAGAACGUGACCUUUUAUCCGAGAAAGAAAAUAAGCUUCAAGAAACCAAGAAGAAAGAAAUCGAAUUAUCGCAAUCAUUGCAAGCGAAUCUUGGAGAUUCUGCGAAAUUGAAACUGGAAAUUGAAGAAUUGGUGGCUGCCAAAGAAGCAUUGGAUAAGAAAGCCCAAACUUUGGAAUCAGAUCUUGCUAACAAGACCAAACGUCUUGAUGAAAUUGAAAGCCAAAAGAAAUCAUUAUCUGAUGAAAAAGGUCGGUUACAAAAAGAAUUGAACAAAGCCACUUCCAGCAUUGAACAAUACAAAAAGGAUAGUAGUGCCCAAAUUGAAUUGAAAAUUAAGAGCGCCACCACCAGUUUGAACCUUGAAGUAAAGAAACUCACCCUGGAGAAUAAUGAUCUCAAGGAACAACUUGUGAAAUUGAAAGAAAGCUCCACCAAGUUGGAGUUGGCGAGACUGACAAAAACUCGAGAUUUGGAUAAUUUAAAUAAAACUAUCGAGACGCAAAAGGAGCAAAUCAAACUGUUGACCAGUGACAAAGCCAAGAUUUCUGCCGAUCAUGAUGCACUUUUGAAAGAACAUGCUAAAGUUAAAGAGGAAGCGGUGGCGACCCAGGCGAAAUUCAAAAAAUUAGAAUCUGAUGCCCUCGAAGCCAAGAAUUUGUUGAAAAUUAAGAUUGCUGAUGACAUCAAGUUUGAACGAGGCAAGCAAAAAUUCGAUAAUGAGAUUUUGGAAUUGAAGCACGCCAAGAAGUUGAUGGAGAAAGAAUUGGCGGAAUCCAAGCAACAAAACGCGGAAUUGAUGGAGAAACUUGCUAAUCAUCUGGGCAAUGAUGAAGGAAAAUCUACUGCACGAGGAUUAUCCAAUGAGAACGAUAACUCGGGGGUCAAUUUAUUGGCGAUGUCAGGAGAUGAUAAACUUGUUAACGAUUAUAAUUCAAUGAAACUUCAACUUAAUGAGAAAAGUGCAAUGCUCAACCACGAGACUCAACAACGGAAAAAACUUGAAGCCGAAUUGAAGAUCUUUCAAACCAGACUUGCUUCAGAAUCGUUCGAUAAUCAAAAACUCAAUGCGCAAUUGCGGAAAUUGAAACGUAAUUCUCGAAUCGGAUACAUUCAAGAAACCAGUUUCAACAAUGAUUUCUUGAACGGUAGCAGUUCUAACAGUAGUGAACAUGAUAUCGAGGAAGAAGAAUUGUUGAUGAAGAAAAACACCAUGUUACAAAAAGAGAUUGAUCAUUUGAAGUUAGAGUUGGCCAAGAGAUCAGAAAACGGAAUGGAUUUAUUACCAAAGAAGAUGAAGAGCGUUAAAGGGGCGUCGAGUGGUAAUGGUCAUCUUAUUAGUAAAUUCAACAACUUGGAUAAUCAAGAUGAUUCUCGUAGCAUUUACAAGAUCAAAUUCGAGAAUGCCGAUGCGAAGGUCAAGAGUUUGGAAAAACAACUCCGGGACUUGAAUUACGGUGGUCCAUUGAGAGAAAAUAUGAACAUUCAAAAUGCCAAUUAUGAUGUUGAUUCUCAAGAAUUGAUGAAAAAGUUGAAGAUGGUCAAGCAAGAAAACUCUCGUUUGCAACGGAUUUUGAACGAUAUGAAGAUGAGUAAUGACCAUGAUAGAUCAUUUGAUGAUGGGGAAACCAGCAAAGAGUUCAUUCUUCAAGAAGAAUUGGUCACCAGUCGUUUGAGACUUGAAUCAUCCCAAGGGAAAGUCGAUGAAUUGACAAGACAAGUGAAUUUAUUUAAAGAACGAUCGGAAGAAUAUUUCAAUAAAUUGGAAAUUGCCGAACAUGCGGUGCGGUCUUCCAAACGUGGGGAAACCAAGGCCAAGCAAGAGUUACAAGAGGUUGCUGCGGCAUUGAGUAAUUUGAAACAAGGUGAAAGAUCAUCAGAGACUCAGGUUGCUAAGAUGAAAUUGAAAAUCAACCAAAUGGAAGCAAAAGUCCAAUCGAAAGAAGGAGAAAUCAGAAGAUUAAGAGCCACUCAGCAAACUUUGACUGAAGAAUUGGAACAUUAUCGAUUCAAAUUAGUGACAGAUUCGAAAUCCGAAAAGGACAGGAAAUUCGAUGAGCUCAACAAGAGAUUGAAAGAGAAAUUGAUUUUGGAAACCAACUUGAAAAAAGACCUUCAAGUGGCCAGAAUGUUGCUUGAAAAUACUGCUGCCGAAAAAGAGGCCCAAGAAGAAGAAUUGGCAGCAUGGAGAAAAGAUCAGUCCAAGGUUACUGAUAGGCUUACUACUUUGGAAGCCGAUAAUGCGAGAUAUAGAUCUUUGGAUAAAGGUAACAAGAAGAAACUUGAUUCGUUGUUACAACAGAUCAAUACUCUCCACGAAGCCAUGGAUAAAAUGAUUAGUGAAAGAGAGUUGAUUCAAAGAGAUAAAAGAAUCCUUGAGGAUAAGAUUGAAGAAUUAUCGAAUGGACAUGAUACCAAUGACGCAAUGAACUCGGUAUUGCAUCAACAAAAACAAGAAAUUGAAAGAAGUAGAAAAGAGCUUGAGCUUCAUUAUCGGGCCCAAAAGGUGUUGAAGAAAGAAUUGAUGGACGAAAAGGAGAACACUUUGAUGGUGAUUGAGGAAAACAAGGGACUAGGGAAUUUGAUCAAAGAACUUCAAGGAUCAAUCAAAGAAUUUGAACACUCUAAAAAAACUGAUGGCGGGGACCAUGAAUUCUAUCUCCGAAGAAUCCAGGAAUUGGAAGGUGAGGUAAACGAUUAUCAACAACAUGAGGAGAAUUUCCUCAUCAUGGAACGGUUGAUAAAGGACCUCAAGAUCAAGUUGGAAAAUGUCGAAAAAGAAAAUGAUGACUUGAUGAAGGAAAACCAAGACGUGUUGUCGAAAUCGGAUCAAUUGAAAGAGAUGAUUGAUCAGUUAGAAGAGAGCGAGCUGCAAGCCACUUUGAAUUACCGUAGAGUGGAAAGAGCUUUGAAAGAUCAAAAGGAAGCCAAGAUGAGAUCGGAAAUGGAUUUGAUUAAUUGGAAGAAUAAAUUGAGCAAGUUCGCCAAUAGAAAGUGA